AUGGUAUCAAAACAAGAAAUAAUAAAAAUAAAUGGAAUAUUAACACAUAUUUACCAAUUAGGUAAUCCAUUAUUAUCAUCAAAAAGUAUCGUAAUUAUUCCUGGUAAUCCAGGUCUUGGUGGUUUUUAUAUACCAUUUGCUCAUGAACUUUAUAAUUUAUUCAAUGAAAAUAUCUCAAUAUUAAUUAUAUCUCAAGCAGGUCAUAGUCCACCAUUAAAAUAUUGUUUUACAUUAAAUGAACAAAUAGAACAUAAAAUGAAAACAAUUGAAAAAGUUCUUCCAAUAAAUAAAAAUCAUCGAUUAAUAUUAAUUGGUCAUUCAAUUGGUGCAUAUAUGGUUUUAAAUAUGCUUGAUAAAUUUCAAAAUAAUUUAGAUCGAGCUUUUUUUCUUUUUCCAACAAUUGAACGUAUGAAAGAAAGUAAUGCAGGAAAACGUUUUAUACGUUGGUAUUCAAUAUUAAUUUAUUUAUUACCAUUUUUAUGUUUUAUUAUUAAUUUAUUAUUUCCAUUUAAUUGUUUAAAAAAAAAAUUAAUAUCAUAUUAUUUUUCAAAUUCACCAUUAGAUGAUCGUUCAAUAUUAAUUGAUACUGUUUUAUAUGAUUUAUUAAAUCCAAUAACAAUAAAAAAUCUUUUACAAAUGGCAAAUGAAGAAAUGUUUGUUGUUAGAAAACGUAAUGAUAAAAUAAUAAAAUGUUUUAUUAAUAAAAUAACAUUUUAUUAUGGUACUAAUGAUCAUUGGGUACCACAUGAUAUUGUUAAACAAAUGAAAGAAAUAUAUCCUAAAGGAGAUAUUAUUGAAUGUACUAAUAGAUAUUUGCAUGCAUUUGUUUUAAGACAUUCGAAAGAAUUAGCUAAAAUUGUUUUUGAUAGAAUUGAUUAA